AAUUUGAUACUUAACCUCAAAUGUUUCUAUAUAACAGCAGUUUAGUACAUAUAAUACUUUUUAGUUUAGAACUUAUAAAAAGUGGCAUCUAUUGUAAUUAUAAUGCAAUAAAUUUUAUAAAACAUUAGCAAAUUUUAUAUUUUCAAUUAAUUUCAUUAAGAACCUGAAAAUAUGUUGCAAGUAAAUGAGAGUCAAAUAUCUGCAAUUGGUCGUGUCUUAAAUGACCAAAAUCGACCAUUAAAAGAAAGAUUUCGUGCUUUAUUUACGUUAAAAAAUAUCGGUGGAGCUAAAGCUAUUCAAGAAAUUCAUAAUUGCUUUAAUGAUGAAUCAGCUUUAUUAAAGCACGAACUUGCAUAUUGUCUUGGUCAAAUGCAAGAUUCCCGUGCUAUACCAAUUCUUAUAGAAAUAUUAAAAGACGUUACACAAGAACCAAUGGUCCGUCAUGAAGCAGGCGAAGCUUUAGGUGCAAUUGGAGAUCCUACUGUAAUACCAAUAUUAGAAGAAUACAGUAAAGAUUGUGUAUCAGAGGUUGCAGAAACAUGUGAAUUAGCGUUAUGCAGAUUGCAAUGGUUAAAAUUAAAUAGCCAUUCAACAAAUUUGCAAAAAAGUCUUUAUAUGUCCGUGGACCCAGCACCACCAGCAGAUAUUGAUGACGUUAAGAAGUUAAAAGAGAUUCUUUUAAAUGAAAAUGUUUCUUUGUUUGAAAGAUACAGAGCCAUGUUCUCUUUGAGAAAUAUAUGUACUCCAGACAGUAUUCUUGCUCUUAGCGAAGGUUUAAAAGCAGGUAGUGCUUUGUUCAAACAUGAGAUAGCUUUUGUUCUUGGACAACUUCAGAAAGAGAUUGCUGUCCCACAUCUAGAAGCUUCUUUAAAGGACACAGAAGAAAAUGAAAUGGUAUUUAAACGACAGUAAGAGAGUUGUACGAGAAAGUUGUGUAAUUGCAUUAGACAUGUGCGAGUAUGAGAAUAGUACAGAAUUUCAAUAUGCAGAUACGUUAGGGAAAGUUGCUGCCUAAAAUUGCAUUUUUACACAUCUAUACUUAUAAAUACAAUGUUAAUGUAAUAAAUUGUGACUAAAAUAAAAUUAUUCAAUGUAGAAAUUGCUAAAUGUUGUAAUUUAUUAUAAGCAAUUAUUGUAUUAAUUUUUAAUGAUUGUAGUUUACCUUCAUUAUCAAAUGAAACCAGCGAAGGACAUGCAAAUUUUCGAUUGAAUCGUGUUCUCGUUUGUUCAAA